AAUAUAUAUAUAGUACAUAAAAUUACACUGUACCGAGAGCUUGGAUCCAAAUAAUAAUUAAAACAAUAAAAAAAUUAAAACAAUAAAAAAAACCAAGUAAAUAAAAAAAAAAUCCAAAUGAUUUUUGUGAUAAAAUUAUGGCCGCGAUUGGUGCGCGGGAAAUAACAGCAGGAACAUGUCCGAUAAAUAGUAAAAUAAAUAACAAUAACCCAGUAGAUGCAUCAGAAUUGUCAUCCUCUGGUGCGAGUCCUCACCUUGGGUCUAAAUCCUCAGGAAUAUUAUCGAGUUUCAGUCGCAUCCGUAGCAAAGUACGACCUGAGGAUCAGAAAAUUAUGUCCCGUCUGGUUGAGGAUCACCAGGACCUGGAGGACGAGUGCGGGUCGAAUGGUUCACUCGAUGAGCUACAGAACAUCCAGAGUGUCAUCAACGUGACAAGACAGAACAUCGACGCGCUGACCAGCAAGUUCGCUAAUUUUCUCCAGCCGCCUCCUAUUUAUCUGACCGAGUAUUCGGAGCUCACAUGCAGACUACACGAGCUGGAGCUCAAGCAGCAGCAGCUGAUAGACAGACUCAGCGCUGCUGGGUAUCAGGAUGAUCUGCUAGAGAGGUACCGGUGUCCCAGAACGCCGCUGAGGUCUUUGCUGAGAGCUCAUCUGCCCAACCAGCAACGCACCAGUGUCCAGGUCCGCGAAGGCAUGGCUCUUCGAGACGCUCUAGCAAAAGCAAUGAAGCUCCGUAAUCUCACCACCGAAAUGUGUGGCGUCUACAUAGUGGGCGCCAAUGACUCAAAAUACCCAAUCCCCUGGGAUACAGACAUCUCAUCCCUGGAAUGCGACGAAAUAUCGGUAGAAAUUCUUGACAAAUUUCCUAUUACGACCUCAAUCAGCCACAACUUUGUUCGCAAAACCUUCUUCAGUUUGGCGUUCUGUGAGUGCUGCCGUAAGCUUCUCUUCCAAGGAUUCUACUGCCGGACAUGCAAUUACCGGUUCCAUCAACGUUGCGCCGGUGGAGUCCCCGCCCUGUGCACCCAAUCCCGGAUGCAGGACGCGUACUACCAAGCCCUGCUGGCCCACAAUCCCGAGACAACGGCCGGAAUCCUUCAGCUCCCUUCCAGCUACGCCCUAAACCGCCACAUGGCCCCGCAACUGGCCCCGCGACGGCACCCCCGGACCCUAAAUCAGCACGACCGGUCCAGCUCAGCGCCCAACGUCUGCUUCAAUCUCGUCAAGCCCUGCGAGCUCGAAGACUAUCGGUCCCAAAGUCUAACUCGGCCCGUUCUUCACAACCAAGGCCCCAUUUCCCCCGGCUCUAGUCCCACCAAGCACAGCCAGUCCACUCAAGCUUCCCCUACCAACACCCUAAGGCCCAAAAGACCACGUGCCCGUUCCGCCGACGAGUCAUCAAAAAAUCUUCUCGCCCCCCGCGAGUCAAUCGAAGACUGGGAAAUUCCCGCGGACGAGAUUCUUAUCGGGGCCCGAAUUGGGUCCGGUAGUUUUGGGACCGUCUACAAGGCCCACUGGCACGGGCCCGUCGCCAUCAAGACCUUGAACGUCAAAAUCCCCACCACUGCCCAGCUCCAGGCCUUCAAGAACGAGGUCGCGGUCCUGAGGAAGACCCGUCACGUCAACAUCCUGCUGUUCAUGGGCUGCGUCAGCAAACCCCAGCUGGCGAUCGUCACCCAAUGGUGCGAGGGCUCUUCCCUCUACAAAAUGCUCCACGUCGAGGAAACGGAAAUUCCCUUUACGACCCAGAUCGAGAUCGGCCGUCAGACUGCCCAGGGCAUGGACUAUCUCCAUGCCAAAAAUAUAAUCCACCGCGACCUCAAGUCCAACAACAUUUUCCUCCAUGACGACAUGACGGUAAAAAUCGGGGACUUUGGCCUGGCGACUGCCAAAACAAGAUGGUCGGGCUCACAGCAGUUCAACCAACCAACUGGCUCCAUCUUGUGGAUGGCGCCCGAAGUUAUUAGAAUGCAGGAAGAAAAUCCGUACAGUUUCCAAUCGGACGUUUACGCAUUCGGGGUCGUCUUGUUUGAAUUGUUCGCGGGCCAGUUGCCCUACUGCAAUAUCAACAACAAGGACCAGAUUUUGUUCAUGGUAGGGAGGGGGUACUUGAGACCCGAUUUAAAUAAACUGAGGCCCGAUAUGCCCAAGGCUCUGAGGAGGCUCAUUGAGGACUGCAUUAAAUUUUCUCGAGACGAUCGACCGAUUUUCCGACAAAUACUUGCCAGUAUUGAGAGUCUGUUACAAGGGCUACCGAAAAUAACUCGAAGUAAAUCGGAGCCAAAUUUGGGAUGCACUCGAGUUCAGUCUGAUGAUUAUAUAUAUCCGUGCCCCUCGCCCAAGUCUCCGGUUAAUUAUCCGAUGGCCACAUUUCAGUUUUCUUCAAGUGGAGGUAAUAUUUAGGGUUAUGGGUACUCGUUUCAGAGGGCAUUUAAUUUGCUGCACAAAAAUGGCAAAUUUUUUUUUUUUUAUUUUAUUUUGUGAAAUUCAAAGUGGGAAUAAAUACGUCAUGUGGGUACUCGUUUGAGAGGCCGCGACACUGCGAGCACAAAUACACGAAAAAAAAAAAUUUUUGGAUUUUUUUUUUUUUUUUAAUU